GGGCGCAUGCAGUUCCUGGACCUGCUCAAGCGAUUGCAGGCAUCACAGGCAUCGCAGCUCAAGACUGCACAGUUUGCUCUUAGGCACAAGAGCUUUGAUGAGGAUCUCUUCUCAUGUAUCCUGGAAGAGUUGGAAAUGGCGACAACGUCCUUCAAUGUCAAAAUCAACAUCUUGUUCUUCCUCGAGACUCUAUGCGAAGUAGCAAAGCGAUCCGGUCAUGAAGCCUACAUUCAUAUGGUCCAGCGGGAUCUUACCCAGGUCAUCCAAGCUGUUGCUCCGUCUGGUCUUCAAGGAACGGCCAAUGUUGCGCAAACACGCGUGUUUCUGCGCAAGAUGAAGGAGAAGAAGUUCAUCGACGAGGAAGUCUACACGCAGCACGAGGAGAAACUGCAAGCUCGGGAAGAAGCAGGCCAAGUUCCAUCAAGCGAGUCGGCCGCGACGGAGGACAUCAAGAUAUCAAGAGAAGACAUCCUGCGUCGGAUAGAGGAAGAUCGAGAGCGUCACAAGCGGCUCCGUGAGUUUCUCUGGCUUGUUCCAGCCGGAGACCCGCAGCUAGAGUUCAGCGAUGCCUGGGAGGCAACGAGCGAUCUCAACGACGAUGAUCAGGCCACGAUGCGCGACGAGCUGGCCUUGUGUGCCAGCAGCCAGUCUUGA